AUGUUGGAUUACAAGGAAGCUACAACUCCCAUUGCUACAAACUGCUACUUAGAUCAUGAUGAAGCUGGUAAGAACGUUGAUCAAAAGAUGUACAGAGGUAUGAUCAUGUCUUUGUUAUAUCUAACUGCCAGUAGACCUGACAUCAUGCACAGUGUAUGUCUUUGUGCUAGAUUUCAGUCUUCACCUAAAGAAUCACACCUAACUGUUGUAAAAAGAAUUUUGAAAUACCUCAAAGGAACAAAAAGUCUUAGACUAUGGUAUCCAAACGGUACAAAUAUUUUUCUUGAAGGUUAUAGUGAUUCUGACUUUGGAGGUUGUAAGCUAGAUAGAAAGAGCACUAGUGACAUUUGUCAUCUACUUGGAUCUUCUUUAGUCUCUUGGCAUUCAAAGAAACAAGCUUGUGUGGCAUUAUCCACCACAGAAGCUGAAUAUAAAGCAGCUGGUAGUUGUUGUGCUCAGUCUCUUUAG